UAAUAAACGUAUGUGUCGAUUUGGCGAUUUGUUGUGAAUACUUUAAACAGCCGAAAAUAGUGGAAAAUAUCAAGAAAUAAGUGCAGUAUGGACGCAAAGGACGUCUGUGUCGAAAUAGAAAAUGACGAAUUCUACAGUAAGUUCCUUGUGGACUCCGUUAAGCCGCUUGUCGGUGAGAAUUUAUCAGUUACUGACCAAGUGAACAAGCUAGCUCAGGGCAUCGAUAAACUGAGCAAAAGCCUCGAGAAACAGGUGCUGGCUAAACAUAACGACCUUCUCACACAAGCCAGUCAUAUUUCCGAUUUGGUAACUACUCUGGAAUCAGUACAGUCUCAGGUUCAAAGUUUACUUCGCGGAGCUGCAAAAUUACAAGAACGUGUUCACACGCCUUAUUUUGCUUUAGAAAACCAGACACUCAUGCUCGAAAGGGUGCAAACCACCUGCAAUUUACUCCGGCACACUUCUAAAAUAUUAGCAUUAUGGAAUAAGUUAGCUGGUAUAAAAGAAAACCCAGCAAAGGAAGCUAUCAUAUUGUUCGAGCUUAAUGAGCUAAUAAGCGAUUACGACUUCGAAGGAAUAACGUUACUAGACGAAGUAUUAAAAGAAGUAGAGUACAGGAGGAAGGAGCUAUUAAACAACUCAACCACAUUACUACAAACAAGUUUACAAAAUGGUAACAAGGCACAACUUCUUCAGUGCUUCAAAGUAUUCCACAACUUACAAUGCACUGAAGAACAGAUUAAAAAUUCUGUUGAUAGCAUACUCAGUGACCUGAAGAAAGAAAUUGCUAAUGCUUUAAAUGUACAAAUGGUUUCUAUUGAAGUAAAGAAAUCAAGUUCUGGUCGCAUUGCUCCUGGCAAAGCAAAUAUAAUGAAUGCCCAGGACUUCAAGGUCAAACUCUGGGAUAACAUUGACAAAUUGUUCAAAAAUGAUAUUUAUAAUGCAUGCACAAAAGUUAUCAUGUUGCAAAAUGUAAUUAAUGAAUUACAUGCCAUUGGCAACUUCAGAAAUAUAGCUAAAAAUUUCUGGAAUGAUCUGUCCUUAAUAUUUAGCAGUGAACUAGAAAAAAGCCCAACUAAUGUGAAUCAAUCUAUAGAGAUAGACUUCCCCAAACUCCUCAAAUGUUUCAAUGAUUUGCUGUCCAAACUCAAAUGUAAAGAUUUAGAGAUGAACAGAGUAUGUUUGACUAAAUGGGAGAACUCUUUCUUGUCAAAAUCUUUGGGGAAGCUUCUGGAGCCUGUUAGAAGCAUGUGGCAUCUCAGUCAGGUUCCCAAUAUGGACCAAAUUGACAUUGCUAUCAGGGUCAUAGCAGAGGCUCUGAGCAUCUCACUUGGAGAUAAACAGCUGAGCAUCAGUCUGGCCAACAGUGUUGCCAAGAGCAUCAAACAAAUGAAUGUUGAAGCUGAACAGAGGCUGUCAUUAGACAGUGAUGUUGCGCAGAUCAUUGAGCCACCAACAAGCACACAACAAAAAAAUGCAGACUUAUGCAAUUGUUUGUAUUACUUUUCAUCACAAAUUAAGAGAGUUCUAACUAACAUGAACACAAUACUUCCCCAAGAAAGCAUUCAGAUUGUCCAAAAUAGCUUGAAAGAUAUCUCAAGCAUGCCUGUUCUGCAAUUAUUUGCAGAAUCCAUUAAAAAUUCACUUUAUAUCAUCCUAAUGACAAUGCAUGAUGAACCAGAUUUGAUAAAAGCUGAUGAGCCUACAGGAAAGUCCUUGUCCUGCUCACCUUACAUGAAGGAGCUUCAGCAGUUUGUAUCCCGCUGUAAAGACAUAUACCUGUCAAUGUUCACUGAAAAACCUGCUCUCAAUCACUGCUGCACCAACAUAGCUAAGGCAUGCACCGAGAGAUUCAUUUACCACAUUUGCAAUGUGAGGCCGUUAAGUAAAUAUGGAAGAGUGAAACUCCAAGUAGAUUGCAAGCAUUUGGAAACUGCUCUGUAUCCUCUAGUUGCUGAUAUGACAGAGUUGGGUGACUGCCACAGGCAGCUGAAAGCUUUGCAGCUGUUGUUGGAUAAAUCUCCUCAAGAAAUUGCUAAGAGUCAAUCAGAAGGUGCAUCAUUACCAUACUCUUUAGUUAUGAUGUUCCUGUUUUCUUACGCCGGGCCUCAGCUGAUGGCGCCGCAUACAUGCGCCGGAUGGAAUGUCCACAAAUUAAUGCAAUGGCUGGACUCCCACAAGAAUGAGAAGGAAAGGCUAGAUUUUGUAGCAGGAGCGUUACAAAGAUACCAGAAUCACAUAAGGCAAAAUCAAAUUGCGACUUACGAUGAAGUUUACCCAGUAUUGCUACAGUUACUUGAAGAAGGAAAGAAUUUGAAGAAAUAACAUACUUAUUUCUAUUAUUCAUUGAGUCUGUUUAUAUAUGAUUAUAAAAAAUAUUUAUCUGAACCACCUAUUUAUAGGGUAGGUAUAUGUUAUUUUUUGGGAAAGUUCAUUAUUCAGAUAUGUAAUUAGGUCAACAGAUAUCAUUCACAAUAUAAUUCAUAUAAAUUAUUAUUUAAGUGUAAUA